GUUACAAUUCGAUAUAAAACACACACAUAUCGACAAUCUAAAUAGAAAUAUAACAUUUGCAAUUCGAUUGUAGAGUUCUGGGAUAAAGCGCCGGAAAAAGUUGCGUUUAUUGACGAAUUAGAAUUCAUUUAUCUACAAAGAAAAAAAAUCUACAAUCAAGUGCUUGCUUCUGUAUAACAUUUACUCGAACACGGUUUCGAUCGGUGUCUUGCUUGACGUUAAAUAACGCGUGUUUAUCAAUAACCAAGAAAUCCUUAACGUAAAGGAGGACUACAUACCCAAACAGAGAGCGUCUUCCAAUCAUGGGCAACAUACACACAACGGGCCCAAAUGAGGCGUUAAUUGUUUCAGGUGGCUGCUGUGGCUCGAUGAAGAAGCGAACGAUUGUCGGUGGCUGGGCCUGGGCCUGGUGGCUGGUGACGGAUGUGCAGCGGCUCUCGCUGAAUGUGAUGACACUGAAUCCGAUGUGCGAGAACGUGGAAACGGCCCAGGGUGUACCGCUGACGGUGACCGGCGUCGCCCAGUGCAAGAUCAUGAAGUCAACUUCGUAUAAAAAUAAUGAUUAUCAUAACAACGAGGCCGACGAGCUGCUUGGCACAGCCAGUGAGCAAUUUCUGGGCAAGAGCGUUAAGGAGAUUAAGCAAACCAUUUUGCAAACGCUGGAAGGACAUCUGCGCGCCAUAUUGGGAACGCUUACAGUCGAAGAGGUAUACAAAGAUCGCGACCAAUUCGCGGCUUUGGUGCGCGAGGUUGCCGCACCUGAUGUCGGCCGCAUGGGCAUCGAGAUAUUGUCGUUCACCAUCAAGGAUGUCUACGACGAUGUGCAGUACUUGGCAUCGCUGGGCAAGGCGCAGACCGCUGUGGUCAAGCGGGAUGCGGACGCUGGCGUUGCGGAGGCGAAUCGUGAUGCGGGCAUUCGGGAGGCGGAGUGUGAGAAGAGCGCCAUGGAUGUUAAAUAUUCGACGGACACCAAAAUCGAGGAUAAUACGCGCAUGUACAAGCUGCAGAAGGCCAAUUUUGAUCAGGAGAUCAAUACGGCCAAGGCCGAGUCGCAGCUCGCCUAUGAGCUGCAGGCCGCCAAGAUUCGGCAGAAGAUCCGUAACGAGGAGAUCCAAAUUGAGGUCGUCGAGCGUCGCAAACAGAUCGAGAUCGAGUCGCAGGAGGUGCAGCGCAAGGAUCGCGAACUCAUCGGCACCGUCAAGCUGCCCGCCGAAGCCGAAGCCUAUCGCGUCCAAACAAUCGCCCAGGGCAAACAAUGCCAGACCAUUGAGGGUGCCCGUGCCGAGGCGGAGCGCAUUAGGAAGAUUGGUGCAGCGGAGGCUCAUGCCAUUGAGCUGGUUGGCAAAGCGGAGGCAGAACGCAUGCGGAUAAAGGCGAAUGUCUACAAGCAGUACGGCGAUGCGGCCAUCAUGAACAUUGUGCUCGAGUCGCUGCCCAAGAUUGCUGCCGAGGUGGCUGCACCGUUGGCCAAAACGGAUGAGAUUGUGCUGAUUGGUGGCAACGAUAAUGUGACCAACGACGUGACACGCCUUGUUGCACAGCUGCCGCCCUCGAUCAGUGCCCUGACUGGAGUCGAUCUCUCCAAGGUGCUCUCCAAGAUACCCGGCGCCAAGGCGUGAAAUCUAAUGGAAUGGGAUGUCCAACAAAUGGUAAUGACGACGUAACCCCCCCCCCCAAAAAAAAAAAAAAAAAGACAAACAAAAAAGGAAUUGCAACUGGAAAUGAGAUAAAUAUGAAAAUGUGAAGAGGAGACAGGAGAACGAGCGAGUUAACCAAAUAAGAACGAGAACAAACGAACGAACGAGAGAGAGCGAGAGAGAGAGAGAGAGAGAGAGCGAACGAGAGAGAGAGAGAGAGAGAGGGAGCGAACGCAUUUGUAAGAGCGAGCUGGCGAGUGCAAUGUGGUCACUGGACGAGGAAUCAAUGGAAUCGAAAGAUAAUCUUACCUAUAUAUAGAUAUAUAUGUGUACGCAUACAUAUAGCAAAAUGUACUCCGAUAUUAUGUGUGACGUGUGAGUCAGUGUCUCAGUGUGUGUGUAUGUGUGUGUGUGUGUGUGUGUGUGUUCUUUUGUAUGCACCACACCACAGCGAAAGCCUGUUCGGGCAAAGGAUUGAUCAAUCAGAUGUAUCAAUCAGAUAAAGCUAUUGCUAAGGCUAAAUCUAAAGUUAUGCAUUUCGCACGCAUUCGCAAAACGCAUUUUGUGGCCUUUUCUCGAUUAAUAAGAAGUAAAUAUGAAAAAAAUACAUAUAAAAAAAAAAAAAAAGCAAAAAAAAAUCGAAAAUACAAAUUGGGUUUAAAAUUCGUAUAACUUGCAGAUAAUUGAUUGUGCAGCUUGUUAGCACAUAUAAAAAACUAUUAUACAUAUAUAUACAUAUGUGUAUAUAUCUUAAGACACCCAAACAUUUUCUUUUGUAUUUUAUAUAUUUGUAUCUGUCGUAUUAUGUGUCAUGUUUAGUCCAUAAGUUAACCAACAGUCGCACAAAGCCAUCCCGAAAAUGUUUCAUUUUACAAUUGCAAUUAACAAUUGUUGUGACUUGCAACUAUUUCGAGUUCUGGAACACUCUGAACACAUCGCCAGCCAGCUCAUUGUCGAUCACCUACUAUGUUCAAACUACAGUUACUGCCUGAAGAUAAGAACAGCGUCCCACUUUGCCAAAUGGAACAACUAGCAGCCAACUGGCACCAUUUUACACACACUCAAACACACUUAUUUCAGUGCACACUUUACAACUGUGACGUCACAGUCACCGCCGCUCUUCCACACACAGACACACACACACACACACACACAAUACUCACACACAAAACAUCUCAUCCACUCAAACGAUAUGCGUUCGAUGUUUUUUUUUUCAUACUAUUAAUCAUUGUGUUUUAUAUUGUUUAAUUUU